AUGGUUUCUGGGAUAGAGUGGCAUAAUUGGAUUAUUGAGUUGGAGAAGGAGGCUGUUGCUAAAGGUGUUCCAAUAGGACAAGCACUUGACAUAGACAUUCCACCACCACGUCCCAAAAGGAAACCAAGCAAUCCUUAUCCUCGAAAGACAGGUGUGGGUCUUCCUGCGUUACAGACAGGAGCAAACGAUGGAAAGCUUUUACCUACAGCUUCUUUUCCGCGUUGUAAGCAAGUUUUAGAUUUGGAGAAAGAACCACUUCCUGAGAAACCUAAUGGAGAUGAGAGGCCAACCGAUGCUAAGGAAAAUCAGGAUAAUAAUUGCUCAGAAGUAUUUACCGUUCUCCAAGAACCUCACUGUUCCUCUGUACCUUCAUUCAACAAGAAUUCUGUACCAACGGUAGAGAUUCUCAAAAAGCCUAGCUCUUUCAGGGAGUUUGUACCUUCAGUGAAGGAGGGAAAUCAUGGUGCAAGUAAUGAAUCCUCUGUCACCGUUGAGCUUGAAACAAAUCAAAAGUUGGACAACUCUGAAGCCAAACAGACAGUUCAGGAUAAUGGCACUAGUAAAGCUUCAAAAUCAGAAAAUUCUUGCUCUUUGCAUGAGAAAUUGUUUCAGCAAAAGAAAUCGGAUGAUUUUAUUGGAGCAUUGCGAAGAGAUGAGAUGCAAGCCAUGCAGAACUAUCCAAGGCAUGUUCCUGUGCACGUUCUAGAUGGGAGCCUGGGAACAUGUAUGCAAACUCCUCCCUCAGAUUUGUCGUUUCAGGACUCCAUGUUUCAUCCAAUAGGAGAAAUUCCAGCAUGUCCCAAUUUAUACUCGCACCCUGCUGCAUCCACUACCACUGAUCAUCCAAAUAAUUCACCAAGAUCCUCUACGCAUCAAUCGUUUCCAAGUUUUCCUCCGCCCUUUACGGCAACUCAUCAUAAUCAAGAUGACUACAGAUCUUUUCUCCACAUAUCCUCCACAUUUUCGAGUCUCGUUGUAUCUAAUCUGCUACAAAACCCGGCAGCCCAUGCUGCAGCAAGCUUUGCUGCUACCUUUUGGCCCUAUGGAAAUGUGGAGAAUUCUGCGGAUUCUCCAGCAUGUGCUCAAGGAGGUUUCCAAUCCAGACAAAUGAACUCUGCUCCCAGUAUGGCAGCUAUUGCUGCUGCUACAGUGGCGGCAGCAACUGCAUGGUGGGCAGCACAUGGACUACUUCCCUUGUGUGCUCCUCUUCAUACUGCCUUUGCUUGCCCUCCUGCAUCUGCAACUGCAAUUCAGCCUGUGGAUAUUGGUCAAGUUCCUGCAGCCAAGACAGAAAGGAAGGAAACAACUGAAAAUCCUCUUUUGCAAGGUCAAAUACAGGACCCAGAGCACUCUGAAGCUUUGAAAGCUCAAAACUCAGCAUCUAAAUCACCAAUGAUGUCAUCGUCAGACUCUGAAGAGAGUGGAGGCCCACAGCCAAACACUGGACCUAAAGUGACCGAACAUGAGUUGACUAAAUCACCUCCUGAGGUCGAGGAUUCAAGCAAAACAAAGAACAGAAAGCAGGUCGACCGUUCUUCAUGUGGUUCAAACACACCAUCUAGCAGUGAAAUAGAGACAGAUGCAUUAGAAAAGACUGAGGAAGGCAAGGAAGAGCCAAAAGAAGCUGAUGAAAAUCAUCCAGUCUCCGAGUCUAGCUGUCGCCGCAGCAGAAGCAACUGCAGCAUGAGUGAUUCGUGGAAAGAGGUCUCCGAAGAGGGGCGGCUGGCAUUUCAAGCACUCUUCGCUAGAGAGGUAUUGCCCCAGAGCUUCUCACCUCCACCUGAUUUGAAGGGUGAGAUGCACCAGAGGGAAGAUACUGAAGAAAAGAAAAAUGCAGAUGAGAAAGAUGGAGAUGCAUCCCUGUUAGAUCUCAACAGCAAAACAUGGGAGUACUGCUCUGGCCAUCAAGAAGGGGAGAAAAAUACGUUGCCUAGGUGGGAGAACAAUGGGGAGGGAGGGCUGCUGACGAUUGGGCUUGGAUAUGGAAAGCUUAAGGCUCGUCGAACCGGAUUUAAACCUUACAAAAGGUGUUCCCUGGAGGCCAAAGAAAGCAGGAUGGGAACCACCGGCGGCCAGGGCGAGGAGAAGGGCCCCAAGAGGUUACGUUUGGAAGGGGAAGCUUCAGUUUGA